AUGGCUGUUAACGAAUCGGGGCCUAUCAGCUCUGAUUCCUCCUCGGAUGAGUUCGAAGAUGCCCAUGUGUUUGAAGAUCUCGGAUUUGGCGGUAAGUCCAUACAUGUUAUUUUAAUGUAUUCAUGAACCUUCAGAUUUUACAAAACGGUUGAAUUCAAUGAGGAUAAAUGGAACGGGGGUGAGUUGUUUACGUUUCAACUAUUUAAAAUUUAGCCGAACAGCCAAGUUACCUUGGGUUCCUUAAAUUUAUCAAAAAAAGGGCUGCGGAGUGGAGAAAAUCAAAUUCAAAUGCAUCUGGACCAGGGAUUAACGUAUUUGAAUUUUACAUGGAAUACGUCUAUUCGAAUAUUUCACUAUUUUCUUAUAAGAAUACGAAUAUGGCAAAUAUUCGUAUUAGAAAAUCCGACUAUUCGAAUACGAAUACGUGGAGCUAAUUUCUAUCAGAGCCUGCCACUCGAAACUUCCUUCCUGUUUUGGUCAAUAUUCCGUUGAUACUGAAUCAAUUUUUACAAAACAUUGGAUUAUUAACCUCAGAGAUUUUGACUUUGAUUUUUUUGAAAGUUUCGUCUUUUGAUGAAACUUGGCAAAAGUUUAGAUUAAUUUAUUUAACAAGGAAAGUACUUUUAUGGGGGCUCCUACUUUUUGACGGUACAUAUCUCAAAAAAUCUGAAAAAAUGUGCUGAUCAAGGAUAUGUAAAUCAUAGCUGCCCAUUUUAGAUUUUUAGGGGUGAAAACUCGAUCGGAAGUUGACUUAAAGUCCUAUAUGAACCCCUUUUCGCUUAAUUUUUCACAGGUUUAAAAUUUUUAUUUUGGCUUAAAAUGAUGUUUAAUGAGUUUCUAAGACGUAAUAAAUCAGUCUUGGCACAAAAAUUUAUUUUUCCGACCUUCAUCUUCAAAAAAGUUGAUUCGGCCCAAAAGGGAAAUCGAACCCGUGCGGCGUCCUCCCUCUUGAUUCCCAGACUACGGCACUAACCACUCGGCCACACCACUCUCUUCCGAAGGAAGGGACCGACUGCGCUUUUUAUCGUUUCGCAUGCCUGCGCCUUUUGUAGGGAAAUUAAGCCAGUUUUUGGGCAUUUUCACCCUUAAAAACCCAAAAUGGGCAGCUAAGAUUUACAUAUCCUUGAUCAGCACAUUUUUUCUGAUUUUUUGAGGUAUGUCCCGUCAAGAAGUAGGAGCCCCCAUAAAAGUACUUUCCUUGUAAGAAAUAUGUGAAACUCCUAGCUCGCUCUUUGAAAAAACGACGGAAGGUCAAAAUCUGGAAAAAAUAAACCACUUUUUUGCGAAUUUUGGCAUGAAAAGGUUUAUGUAUAUUUCGACAGUGAGGUUCCACAAAAAAUCAAUUUUUUCGAUGAGAAACUGGCAAAGAUACAGCCAAAAAUUGUUUUAACACUGAGCGCACUCCACCUUUAAUAUCUCGGCGAGUUAAGAUUUCCAGGAAUUGAUAUGUAUGUGGCCUAUAGGCGAAGUGUGUGUAAUAUUUAAGGAAAAUCUGAGCGUAGCACUUCAAGUGCGAAUACGCCUGUAUACCAAUUUUUUGAAGGAGUACGAAUACAAGCAGCGUAAAACUGGUCGUAUUCGAAAUCGUAUUUAAAUUUAUUCGAAUACGUUAAUCCCUGAUCUUGACUACAGUGGUGACCGGAAGGGAAAGAGAAACAAAGACAGGGCUGAUAGGGCAACUGUGGAACAAGUUCUCGAUCCAAGAACCCGGCUUAUUCUCUUUCGUUUGGUCCAGCGAGGUUUUUUUGAAUGCAUUGAAGGUUGUGUGAGCACUGGAAAGGAGGCCAAUGUAUAUCAUGCUUUGGACAAAGAAGGAGAAUCACUCGCCGUUAAGAUUUAUAAAACGAGCAUCUUAACAUUCAAAGACCGUGAUCGUUACGUAACUGGAGAGUUUCGAUAUAGGAAUGGUUACAGUAGGCACAAUCCGAGAAAGAUGGUGGCAACGUGGGCUGAAAAAGAAAUGCGAAAUUUACAAAGGAUGCACCAAGCAAGACUCCCUGUUCCGAAGUCACGACUUCUGAAGGUAUUUUUUUUUAUUUUAUUUUUCUGUUUAGUAAGGUUGUUAAGUCGUCAGCUCGACGCGUCAGUCACGUUGUCAAAUUGCCGUCAUUUUCGUCAUGUCAAAUUGUUCUGUCGUUUUCAUUGUUAAACUCGCUUUUGAAAGCUUCGUAUAUGAGCCAAAAUGACGCCAAUUUGACAUCAAGUUGACGUCAGAUUUAUAAAAUUGCCGCCAAGUUUACAACCCUACUGUUUAGAGUCAUGUCUUGGUUAUGGAUUUUAUUGGAUCUGACGGAUGGCCAGCCCCUCUACUGAAACAUGCAAACAUUGAUGUAAAGCUGGCGAACAAACUUUAUAUGGAUUGUGUUCGUUACAUGAAAAUUCUCUACAAUCAAUGUAAAUUGGUCCAUGCUGGUAAGACUGACUUAGUAAGCGUUAAACACAAAGUUAAAUUUCAGAUUUGAGUGAGUACAACAUAUUAUUCCAUGAAAACUCUUUGGUCAUUAUUGAUGUCUCUCAAUCGGUGGAACACGACCAUCCUCAUUCCUUGCAAUUCUUGCGGUCUGAUAUAACUAAUAUAACGCGCUUCUUCCAUGAGAAGGGAGCCGCCGUUCUCACUCCUCAGAAACUGUUCGAGCUGAUCGUUGAUCCAUCUUAUGAAUCCGACAAAGCUACAGAAAAGAUGUUGGAGACAGAAAGGGUGGAGUUCCUGGAGGAUAGCCAAUAUCUUUUCUUAAAUGCCUUCAUUCCUCACAAACUGGAUAGUAUCGUUGAUUUUGAGAGAGAUCAUGAAAUGGAGAAGGAUGGAACAGAACUAAAUAAUCCCUUCCAAAAGAUCAUUGCAAAAACAGUACAAUUAAAUGACGGGGAUGAUUCUAAUACGGAAACGGAGCAUGAAGUUGUAGGGAAGGAAGGAUACAUAGAAGACGAUGAAGAAAAGGUUGACUUUGCCCACAAACAUCAAAAGUAUGUACGAAUCAAGGGAGAAACCACGGAGGAGAAGAGAAUCAGAAAGAAGGCUGUUCAGGAGGAAAAGAAGGAGAAAAGAGCGGUGAAGAUACCCAAACAUGUGAAGAAACGGAAGGAGAAGAUGCGCAUUCAUCGUUAA